AUGUCGACGCACACUGUUCGUUCGGAUAUCAUCCUUCAAGGACAGAAUAACUGGGAGCUUUGGAUCUUCAUCGUCAAGCGUAUUGCCGAAGCAGGAGACGUAUGGGAAUACAUUGAUCCCAACAAACCAGCCAAUCCUCUGCAAAAGCCUGUCCAGCCUACUAGGCCAGCGCCCACUGAGCUGCUAUAUCAUAUCAAAGACAAGGCAACAGUCUACGACCAAAUCAAGACGCUACAAGAACUCUACUCUCCUACCACCUCUGAUAUGGAGUAUCGAGUGCAGAAAGACUAUGAAGCAGCAAAGGUUCUUCAUGCUAGACGGGCAAAUGUCGAAGACUGGUGCAGCGAGUUCCUUACUGCAUAUAGUAGAGCAAAGCAACUUGACCUGCCUGAAGUACACGGAUUCAGAGCACACAAAGAUCUUCUUCGCGCCAUUAAGCAAGUUGAUGCCGCAUACGCCGCCAGCGCGUCGCUCGACAUAUUCAAAGCUGAGGAGAACUGGAACUCAGAUCGCAGCAAGCCAAUACCCCAUCAGUCUCAACUUCCUACUGUUAUUGCCGAGUACCUGCGCUAUUACCGUACCACCUACUCAAGAAAGGUGAAUAUCCAUGGAGGUGCUUUUGGAGCGACGAUAAGUGGCCAGCCGUCUCCAUAUGUCAACAAGAAACGAUCAAGAGACGAAGCAACUAAGCCAACAAAGCCCUGCCUAUGUGGCGACAGUCAUUUCUGGGGCCAAUGUCCAUACAUUGAUACAGCACUC